AUGGCGUCCCGCACUGCAGCUGCCCGCGUGUCUGAGUACAUGGGGUACCUCGAGAAGGGCCAGAUCCCCCCUGUGAGCAUCUCACUGGUACACUUCAACCUGGUUCUCAACAUUGAUAACGUCAAGUACAUGCUUGCGCUCAGCAGGCAGGGCCCUGGCAGUUACAAGAUCCGCAUGAACCAGCAGGAGGUGCUGGCGGAGGUGCACACGCUCAGAGAUGGUGGUCUGCUGUGCCAGUUGGACGGCAACAGUUACAUUGUGUACGCAGAGGAAGAGGCUGCGGGAACCCGCCUGCUCAUUGGGGGCCGUCCGUGCCUGCUCCAGAACGAGCACGACCCGUCCAAGCUGGUGGCGGAGACGCCAUGCAAGCUGAUGCGGCAGUUGGUGGAGGAAGGGGGCCACCUGAACAUGGAUGAGCCAUACGCGGAGGUGGAAGUCAUGAAGAUGUGCAUGCCGCUGCUCGCCCCCGCCUCUGGCUGCAUCCAGUGGCUCAUCUCCGAGGGCCAGACCAUGACCGCGGGAGAUCUCAUCGCGACCCUUGAUUUGGACGAUCUGACGGCCAGGAACGUCGUGCAGCAGUUCACGGGGGAUUUCCCCGAGCUGGGCACGCCCACAGUGCAGCCGGAUAAGGCCCACCACCGGUUUGCAGAGGCGCUCAAGAAGGCCGGGCUGAUCCUGGCGGGAUACGAGCACAACAGCGCAGAGGUGGUGGAGGAGCUGAUUCACGGGAUCAAGGACGAGUCGGUGCCGGCGCUGCAGUGGCAGGAGAUGGCGUCCGUGCUCGCCACGCGCCUCCCCAAGGAGCUCAAGGCCGAGCUGGACGCGCUGCUGAAGGCGUCGGAAUCAAGUCAAGGAACGUCCUCCCCGCGCCUGCUCUCCUUCCCCGCGCCCGAGUGCCUGCAUGUGCUGCGCUCGUUCCUGGACCGCCUGCCUGCCAAGGACCGCAUGGGGCAGCAGCAGCUCGUGGCGCCGCUGCUGCGAGUGGCUGAGUUGCAUGCGGGUGGCAGGGAGCAGUUCGGGCUGACGGUGAUCCAGGACCUGCUGAGCCAGUACCUGAGUGUGGAGAAGAACUUCUGUGAGACGCCGCAGGCGGAUGUGAUCGAGGGACUGCGCCAGACGCACAAGAAGGACCUGGCCAAGGUGGUGGACGUGGUGCUCUCUCACCAGGGAGUGGCGCGCAAGAACGAGCUGGUGGUGGCCAUUCUGGACCGCAUGGUGGCGCCCAACCCCAGCAAGCACAAGGCGAUGCUCAAAGAGCUCUCCUCGCUCUCCAACAUCAAGCACUCCAAGGUGCUGGUGAAAGCCAAGCUCCUCCUGGAGCAGGUGCAGCUGACAGAGCUGCAAGCCGGCGUGGUGCACAACCUCUCCAACCUCGAUAUCUCCGAGGGCGCCCUCUCUGCCAACAGCAGCAAAGCCGAGUUCUCCUCCACAGCAUCCGGAGCAGCAGGAGUAGCAGGGGGGGGAGGAGUAGCAGGAGGAGACGCAGGGGAUGUGUUGACUCCGAGAUCGCUGGACCCGAAGGCAGUGAAAGAGUCUCUCGAUGCACGCAUGGAGCGGCUUGUAGAUGCUCCCGUGGCCAUCGACGACGCGCUCACCUCCCUCUUUGACUACAUGGACUCGGGCGUGCAGUCCCGCGCAGUCGAGACGUACAUUCGGCGGCUGUACCAGCCGUAUAUUGUGAAGGACUCGGUCACGGUGGUUGCCGGGAACAACAAGUCGGUGGUGGCUUCCUGGGAGUUUUGGGAGGAGGGGCCGCCGCCGUCGAUUGAAGAGCUCGAGGAGGGCCCCGAUAGCCCCACGUUCAAGGCGAAGUCGACGGGGGGUGUGAAGCGGUGGGGAGUGAUGGUGGUGGCGUCGACGCUCCAGGAGGUGAAGGACUUGUUGCGCCCUGUGAUCUCGCAGCCGGACGGGUGGUUGCUGAGUGCGGUGGAUGGGAAGCAGACGAGAGUGGCUGCGGCCAGGAAGGGCAGUGCGGAGGAUCUGCCUUUUGGGGGGAUGAAGCGGAUUCGGACGUUUUUGGGGAUCCCGUUCGGUGCUGGGAAUGUGGCUCAUGUGGCUCUGCUGCCGAAACUCGACAGCCUAGCGGACAGCCCGUCCACUUUCCGCAUGGAGGACCGAAUCCACACGCUGCGGCGGUCCCUCCUGGAUGCCGACGCGGCCUCCACACUGCACGGCGCGGGCGUGACGGCCGUGAGCUGCAUGGUGGUGCAGCACGGGCAGGGCCGCGUGCCGCUCCGGCACUGCUUCCACUGGAGCGAGGAGCGGGAGACUUUUGAGGAGUGGCCGCUCAUGCGCCACGUGGAGCCUCCUCUCUCCGACCUGCUGGAACUGCAAAAGCUGAUGAGUUUUGGCGAGAUGCAGUACAAGCGGUCGCGCAACCGCCACUGGCACAUCUACUCCACCACCGAGAAGCCCUCCGGCAUCCGCCGCCUCUUCCUGCGCUCCGUCGUGCGCCUCCCCAAAUCCGCCACCGGCGGAGGAGGCGACUCCAGCCCCCCCGGCGGCAGCAGCGGCGGGAGCAGCUGGAUUGGUGGGGGUGGUGGGGGUGCGGAUGGUGUGGGUAGCGGGGCGGAGGUGACGCGUGAGCCGUCGUUUUCGGACUCGCUGGUGAGCGAAUGUACGGUUCAGAUCGAGGUGGCGGCGCGGACGCUGGCGGCGGCGAUCCAGGAGGCGUUGGAUGAGCCGGAGCUGGAGACGACGCUCAAGGCGGACCAUGCCCACAUCUUCAUGGCCCUGCUGGGGUCACUGUCGUUUGAGAUGAGCCCUCGCGCCUCAGGCUUCAACCUGGCGGAGGUGGAGCGCAUGCUGUGCGGCCUGGGCCGCCUGGCAGACGCCAAGGUCGCCCCGCGCAUGCGCUCGCUGGCGCUGUGCAUGUGGGAGGCGCGUGUGAAGGUCAAGGGCGUGGGCGUGGGCUCCGGCGCCUGGCGUCUCGUGGCAGAGAACCCCAGCGGCCAUGCCUGCCUCGUCCAGGCAUACAUGGAAGCUGACGACGCAGCCGGCAAGAACUUUGUCUACUUCUCCUCGCCGCCCAAGCUGCCGCGCACUGACAUGCCGUCGUGGCCCGACAACGCACUCAUCCUCCCGCCCGCAGCCCUCCCCGUGCGCGUCACCUCCUCGCUGCUGCCCAUGCCGUCCCCCUCCGCCCCCCCCGGGGGUGGCGGCACCACGAUGACGCUCAAGGGCAUGGGUCCGCUGCAUGGCACGCCGCUGUCUGCGCCGUAUGGUCCGCUCAGCUCCAUUGAUAAGAGGCGGCUCGCGGCUAGGAAGGCUGGGACCACCUUCUGCUAUGACUUCCUCUCGAUCUUCGAGGAGGCCCUGAAGCAGAUCUGGGCGGCAGCAGAGGCCAAGGGCACGCACACGGCGCCGCCCGCCCCGCACCUCACCUACAAGGAGCUCAUCUUCGCCGACCCAAACAUCGCAUGGGACGCAAAGCUACAGGAAACGGGCCGCCCGGCGGGCCUGAACAGCAUAGCCAUGGUCGGCUGGCGGCUCACCCUCCGCACACCCGAAUUCCCAGACGGCCGCACGGUCUACAUCGUGGCGAACGAUGUUACCAGAGGUGCUGGGGCCUUUGGUCUGCAUGAGGACAUGCUAUUCAAUGCGAUCACUCUAAAGGCGAUCAAUGAGAAAGCGCCGCUGCUGUAUCUCGCUGCGAACUCCGGUGCGAGGAUCGGGAUCGCGGAGGAGGUGAAGCGGUGCCUGCACGCCGCGUGGCUCGACGAGAAAAACCCGGAGCGAGGGUUCCAUUAUCUGUACCUCACUCCGGAGGACUAUACCCGCGUGCGGUCGUCUGUCGUGGCGCAUGAGGUGGUUAUGGAGCCGUCAGGGGAGCGGCGGUGGGUGCUGACGGAUAUCAUUGGGGCGGAGGAAGGGCUGGGAGUGGAGAAUCUGUCCGGGAGCGGCGCGAUCGCGAGCGUGUUCUCACGCGCUUUCCACGAGACGUUCACGCUGACGUUUGUCACGGGGAGAACGGUGGGGAUCGGAGCGUACCUGGCGCGGCUGGGCAGCCGGGUGAUUCAGAGGCAGGACCAGCCGAUCAUCCUCACAGGGUUCUCCGCUCUGAAUAAGCUGCUCGGGAGGGACGUGUACUCGUCGCACAUGCAGCUGGGUGGGCCGAAGGUCAUGGCUGUGAACGGCGUGGUUCACAACACGGUCGCGAACGAUCUCGAUGGGGUUCUGGCGAUUCUCCGCUGGCUCUCGUACGUCCCUGCGGCCGUCAACCGCCCGCUGCCGAUCGUCUCGAAGCCGCUCGAUCCGCCGUCGCGCAAGGUGGAGUACAACCCCACUACCUCCUGCGAUCCCCGCGCUGCUGUGGCUGGGAUCCAGUCCGGGACCCGCUUCCUCCGGGGGAUCUUCGACGAGGGAAGCUUCAUGGAAAUGCUGGACGGGUGGGCGAAGACUGUGGUGGUGGGGCGGGCGCGAUUGGGCGGCAUUCCUGUCGGGGUAAUUGCGGUGGAGACUCAGACAGUGUUUCAGAACAUUCCGGCGGACCCCGGGCAGCCGGAUUCGCACGAGCGGGUGCUGCCGCAGGCCGGGCAGGUGUGGUAUCCGGAUUCGGCUGCCAAAACGGCCCAGGCGCUGCUAGACCUGCGUUUGGAGGGGCUGCCACUGUUUAUUCUUGCCAACUGGCGCGGGUUCUCAGGAGGGCAGAGGGAUCUGUUCGAAGGGGUGCUUCAAGCGGGGUCGCUUAUAGUGGAGCAUUUGCGGACGUACGACCAGCCGGUGUUUGUUUAUAUCCCGAGGAAGGGAGAGCUGCGGGGCGGCGCGUGGGUCGUUGUGGACCAUCGGAUCAACCCGCACAUGGUGGAGAUGUACGCUGAGGAUUCUGCGAGGGGAGCCGUGCUGGAGCCGGAAGGAGUGGUGGAGAUUAAGUUCAGGCGGAGGGAGCUUAUAGAUGCGAUGCACAGACUAGACCCGGAGAUCAUAGACUUGGAUAAGGCGCUACGGGCAGCGAAGCAGCUGCAGGCGCAGGGGAGCGACAACGGCUCAGUCACGGUAACCGAGGGUCUGAUUGCGCAGAGGGAGAAGGCGCUUCUACCCGUGUAUACCCAGAUUGCAGUGCGGUUUGCAGAGCUGCAUGAUACCCCGAGGCGGAUGGCGGCAAAGGGCGCGAUCCGGGAUAUCGUCACUUGGGAGAACUCGAGGGCGUAUUUCUACUCGAGAUUGUGUCGGAAGGUCGCGGAGGACGGGAUCGCGAGGCAGUUCAUGUUGCAGGUGGAUGGGCUUGGGAAGAUUGACGCGAUCGCGGAGGUGAAGCGGUGGUACCUGGACGAGCAGAGGGUGAAGCGGGGGGAGAGUGAGGCGCUGAGGACGAGCGAGGCGAUAGAUGAGGAUGACUGGUCGGAUGAUAAGCAGUUUGUGGCGUGGGUGCAGGGCACGAGGAGGAAUGCGGAGGGGUUCAGGAGGCGGGUGAUGAGUCUGAGGGGAGGGAGGCUGGCGGCGGUGCUGACGAGGGAGAGGGACGCUGGGAGCAUUGCGGACGGGCUGGCACAGGCUGUGUCGAGUGUGCUACAGGCGCUCCCUGCAAGUGCUCGCAAGGACGCUGCUGCCAAAUUGGCCCAAGUGCUGGGCCAGCAGUGA